UUUUGGGCCGUGGCGUGGCAGCCGAUCGGCAGUGCCAGGGGGCCCCACGUCACAGGGUCGGCCGGGCCUUGUCGCCUCGGCAUCGGUCUCAUUCCUGCCGGCACACGGUGAGCAGCAGCACAACUCGGCUCGGAUCCCCCGACUUACAGACAGGGAGAGAUGGCAGGUGGCAUUUUCUCCCCACUGGGGAGCUGCUCGGAGCUGGAGAAGGCCAACUGCCACCCGCUCGUGUGCCUGCUCUGCCAUGAGCCCUACCAGCAUCCCUGCCUGCUCGACUGCUACCACAACUUCUGCGCCAGCUGCCUGCGAGGCCGCGCCAGCGAUGGCCGCCUGCGCUGCCCACUCUGCGGGCACCUCUCAGUGGUGAGGGGAGGCACGGGGUUGCCCCCCGUGGACCGGCUCCUGCAGUUCCUGGUGGACAGCUCAGCUGACAGCGAGGAGGAUGUGCAGUGUGCCAACUGUGACCGGUGCUGCACCAAGGCGGAGCUGGACACCAUGUACUUCUGCAACACCUGUGGGCAGCCCCUCUGUGCCCCGUGCCGUGAGGAGACCCACCGUGCCAGGAUGUUCACCCGCCACGAGAUUGUCUCCCUCUCCAAGCGCACCAAAGACAUCCACAAGAAGUGCCCACUGCACGAGGAGCCCUACAUCAUGUUCUCCACUGAGAAGAAGUCCAUGCUCUGCAUCAACUGCUUCAGGGACAUGCAGGGGGAGAGCCGGGCACACUGUAUCGACAUUGAGACGGCGUACAUGCAGGGCUGCCAGCGGCUGGACCAGGCAGUGAUGGCUGUGAAGGAACUGCAGACCUCCACGCGUGAGGCCAUUGUCCUGCUCAAGGCCAUGAUCGAAGAGGUUCGCAACAGUGCCAGCGAGGAGGAGGCAGCCAUCAACUCCCUCUUCAGCCGCAUGCAGGAGCAGCUCUCCGAGAGGAAAAAGACACUUCUGAAAGCUGUGCAGAGUCAACACGAGGAAAAGGAGAAGGCAUUCAAGGAGCAGCUAGCCCACCUUGCCUCCCUGCUGCCCACUCUGCAGGUCCACCUGGUGACCUGCUCGGCCUUCCUGAGCUCUGCCAACAAAGCUGAGUUCCUGGACCUGGGCUAUCAACUGAUGGAGAGGCUGCAGAGAAUCGUCAAGCUGCCACACCGCCUGCGGCCAGCCCAGACCAGCAAGAUCAACAGCGAGUACCGGGCAGAGUUCGCCCGUUGUCUGGAGCCCCUCCUGAUGCUCAGUCCCCGUCGCUCCGUGGUGGGCAGCGCUGGUGGCAUUGGUCCUGGCAUCACUGGCACAAACAUGCUCCCUGGUGGCCAAUGCUCCAAGACCCUCAUGGUGCCCAGCUGCCCCCCCACCAGUGACAAAAUGUCCACCGGCCCCAUGGUGAAGAAGCCAACAAUGCAUCGAUACAUCAGCACCAAGGUGCUCCUGGCUGAGGGGCGCGAGACCCCCUUCGCCGAGCACUGCCGCAACUACGAGAACACCUACCGGAUGCUGCAGACGGAGAUACAGGGCCUGAAGGACCAGGUGCAGGAGCUGCACCGUGACCUCACCAAGCACCACUCACUCAUCAAGUCAGAGAUCAUGAGCGAGAUCCUGCAGAAGUCGCUGCAGAUGGACGUGCAGAUUGCAGCUCACUACUCCGCCGUGGAGAUGAUGCGCAGCGUCUUUGAGGAGGUCUGGGAGGAGACCUACCAGCGGGUAGCAAAUGAGCAGGAGAUCUAUGAAGCCCAGCUCCAUGACUUGCUGCAGCUGCGGCAGGAGAACAGCUGCCUGAGCACCAUCACCAAGCAGAUCGCGCCCUACAUCCGCUCCAUUGCCAAAGUGAAGGAGCGGCUGGAGCCCAGGCUGCAGGAGCCCCAGGAGCCCAAAGAGGAACAGGCCCAGAUGCUGCUCAAGAUCUGUGAUGACAAUGAAGUGGUGCCAAGGGAUGCCUCGCCUGGCAGCAACAAGGUGGCUUCAGCCAGCCCUGGGGAGGCCUUCAUGCCCAGGGACAACCCUGGAAACCUCUCCCCAAAAAACAAAGACUGCUGCACGGGCCAGCAGAAGAACGGAGCAGAGAGUGCUACUCUGAAAGAGCCGGCACCGUAGAGCCCAGUGCUGGACACAUGGCAGAGCUGCUGGGCAGAGCCAUGCCCUGGUCACUGACCAGCUCCUCUUGCCCAGUGCCACAAGCCAGGGCAGGAAACAGCCCAGGCAGCCUUGUCUGCAGGACAUACAAAGGCCUCAGGUGGACUUGCUUCUGAAAAACUCUCUUUGUGCUCUCCCUUGCGUGUGUCAGAGUGAAAUAAAAUGGUGCAGUUGUCAA